ACUAAUCAUCCCACUCCAGUUCAUGGAUAGUGAUAAUCCCUUGGGGACAUGAUUCAUCCCAGUUGACUCGAAACUUGGUGUCUGAAUGUGCUGGUUCACACAACGCAGGCUGUCUCUGCAUUGACUGCAGCCCAGUCUGAGAGCAGACAUUUAGCUUUUAGAUGACUUAAUUUAGGCUGUAUGAAUUUAAUUCACAGGGGUUUUGUAACUUGUAGAUAAAAGGCUGGCUGAUUAGAUCAACUAUCCAGCCAGUUCUUCAUUCUCUGGUUAGCCUCUAUGGAGUUUAGUAGCUCGAGGUUAAGUGAGCUGUUUGGGGUAGGAGAGGUCCACACAUUAGUCUGGGGACUCUAAUGUGCCUCUUGUGCACAGGUUUUCAUGUGCUGUAUUCUGUUCUGGGUAGUGUGUUCCUAGCACAGCAUUUUAAAUCCUAUAUUAACAUCUGCCUGUAUUGUUUCUCAGAAUAGCUUCAUGAUGCUUUUGGGAAGGUGAAGUUAACCAUUCCCAGAAUACACAGCAUGUGGAAAGCAUCAUAAUUCUCAUAGCAUCAGGUUCCUAAGUUUGAAUGCUUCUUUCUUGAAGGAUUUCCACAGAGAUGCUAGAAAACCACAUGAGCUAUUGCUCUUGUCACCUGGGGUAUCUAACAACAUGAGCUUCACUUACUGUGAUCCUGUGAUAUGAAAAAAUAUGUUGUUUUGGCUUCUCUGCCAGGUGCCAAGCAGAGCUUGGGCUAAGAAAUGCUGAGGAGUGUUAGCUAUGGCUUAGGGAUGAGUAAGUUUCUUGGCCAAGUCUGAUUACCCACUUGGGAUAUUUGUAUUUCAUUAUAACUGACACUGAGAAUCAUGUUUGAUUUGGAACAAAUUUCAAGCAGGAACAAGUUUCAGCAUCUGCAUUUCCACUGUGAGCACAAUGAGGGACAAAACAGGUUAGAGCCUGCUUGGCCAAGGGUGGGGACCUCUCAGUAGGGAAGGGGAGGGCAGCACAUGAAUCAGUUACAAGGAAAGGGAAGGAGUAGGUUGAGGAGCUGAACUUCCUCCCUUGCAAAAGGGAUACUCUAAGUACCAAGUGUAAGGUGUGUGUCUGAGGAAGCCAAGGACUGAGCUGGGGAAAGCCAGCUCCUCCCACAGAGUGGGAGGCUGUACCUGGUAAUUAACUCCCAAGCAGAGGAGCGGAGCUCAUGCUGAGUCCUGAAGGAACCUGUUGGGAGGAGCUCAGGAGUGCAAGAGGGCCCGAAAGGACAUGGAACCAGACAGGGGACUAUUCCAGCUGGAGAGGCACUUCCUAGCAGCAACUGCUCCAGUCAUGUUCAACUAUCUAGCAGUAGAGGUGAGACCACAGUUCCACCGCAGCUAUGGGGGGCAGCAAGGGGUGUCUGGGCCACUGAAGACCCGCCUGGAGCAGCUGAAGAAGCCAUGGUGGAGGGAACCCACCCCACUGGUGCUCCAGCACAGUGAAACAGCCAGGCUUGCUAUAGAUGCUUUUCUUGAGCAGGGGGAACGUGGCUACCUGAAUGCCAUCACUGAGGAACAGGAGCUGCCUUUUCUUUCCACACUGGACAUGGAAUAUAUGAGCCAUCAGAGAAAUCAAAGCUUUCCAGAUCCCAAUGCAGUGAAAGACAAAGAUGCUGACCCUGGUGAUGUGGACAAUGGAGACAGGUCCUCCCUCAACUCUGAACUAACAUCUGGCACCUACUUUCCACUGAUGUCUGAUGUGCACCCUCCAGAGCUGGAGCUGGGCUGGCCAGGGAUGCCCUUCCUCACAGUUUCUGGCCAGACUCAAGCCACUGUGAUUUUCCAAAGAAACAAAGCCAACAGCAUUAAGGAUUUGCUCAGGUCUCUGAUCAGCCGGGCACGGACGGUGAUAGCAAUUGUGAUGGAUCUGUUUACAGACAUGGAAAUACUGUGUGACCUGCUGGAGGCCUCAAGCAGACGGCAUGUCCCUGUUUACCUGAUCCUGGAUGAAGAGUACUUGAAGCAUUUUGUAGAAAUGUGCAAUAAGAUGGCUCUUACUCAGGACAACUUCCCAAACAUGCGCAUAAGAUGUCUGAGUGGAGACACGUACUACAGCAAAGCAGGCAAGAAAUUUGCAGGCCAGGUUCUGGAGAAGUUUAUCCUGAUUGAUUGUGACCAAGUUCUUGCUGGUACAUACAGUUUCACCUGGCUUUGCAGUCAAGUCCACACUGGCCUGGUGACCCACUUCCGGGGUCAGAUUGUUGCAGAGUUUGAGAAGGAAUUCCGGUACUUGUAUGCAGAGUCCAGAGCAGUGACCAGCUUCUGUGUGCCAGAUCCCGAAACGUGCCCCUCUUCUCAGAACACCUCAAAAGUUGUGAGCUCCCUUUUAAAACCCCCACAGGUGAAUGAUGUUGAAGCCACAAGCCCCUCCAGCAGCCUUUCCAAUGUAAGCAUCAGAAGCAUAAAAGUGUCUCCCUUUCUGAAAAACUCCAACUGCAAUGUGCAGCUGGAAAAGCAAGAUUCGAGCUCAGAUUGUGGUAAUAACAGGGGGAAGGAAGAUGCAUUUCUGAAGCCCACUUGCCCUAAGCAGCAGGGAGAACCACCAGAUUCACCAAACAGUCCUCCAAAUAAAUCCACCCCUGCUUUGUAUCACAAAUCAAAUCUCAUGACAGCAAGGACAUUCCUGCCACCAGAGCUUUCCCCUGCCCUGAGCUCCAAUAAACCUUGUUAUCAAGGGGACAGUACAGCUAACAGCAGCCACUGUUUCCCACCAACACAGGAGCAGUCCCUCCAGUCCCUUUCAGAGGGUGCCAGUAGCAAUGGGACAAGCACGAAGCAGAAAGGGCCUGCUGCUGCCCCCGAGGAACCAACAGCAGAGAACGACAAUACAUUUUAUGGGCUGGAAAGAAGACAGAGUCCUGGACAAGGAAAUUUGGACCUGCUCUCCUCAUACAACCAGCCAAAACGAGAUAAAAAGCCAGGAGUUCCUUGCUAUGAUAAACUCACUGAGGACAUGCUGAUGGAAAAGAACAGUGCAUAUGGGGCCGAGAAAAGAAUGACUCUUGGGCACAGUAAGCUGGAUCUGAUCACCAAGUACAAUAAGUUAAAAUCAAAACACAUACACAGUCGGUUCGAACUCUGACCUGGGUCUUGAGGUGUCCUUU